AUGGACGAUCCUCGAAGACGUCCCGCCGGCGCGCCGCCUUCCCGCGGCCCGGCUGGCCCUUCUCCCGUCCGCAAUCCCGGGGGAAGCCCCAUGACAAGUAAUGCCUCUCGGCGCGGCCCGUCCAGCACUACUGGCGGCGGCGGCGGAGGCGGCGGGAGCUCAGCGGGCCGCGGGAGAGCGCGGCCGCUUAGGGGAACUUCCGGCACUUCCGCUCCCCCAGCGCAAAGGGGCGGGGGGGGACCUGGCGCAGCUCCGCCUGCUAAGUCCGCCGCCGCCGGCAGGGGCGCAAGGAGUGGGAAAGGCUUGCGCAUGCGCCCGGCACGCCCGCGCGUGCAGUUGCGGAAGUACCCCGGAUUAAAGCCCGCCAUAUCGAGCUACAGUAAGCUACGCGCACGCGCCACGGGUCAGCUCGUGGAGCCGAAAAAGCGCCUGCGGUUCAGCGAUCACGUGGAGGUUGCCACGUGGGACGCUGACGUGGACGAUAAUCACGGCGCCAACUCAGCAGCAGCUGCUGCCUCAAGCUUACCCACCGGUAGCAAAAGGCUUAUUCUCCGGAAUGUGUUUCUUGGCGCCGCGGAAAGUAUCAACGACGCUGCGGAAAGUUUGUUCGGGCAGUCCAAAAGGGAGCUUCCUAAGGAUCUGCCCACAGAGUUUGUCCGAGACGCUCCUAGAUCGAAGGAGUUAAAGAAGGCUUACAAAAAGGAGAUGCGCGCGCGGGGCGACAGUGAUUAUGCUAAGAAGGAACGCCGACCAAGGACCAAGAAGGACGGCGAAACGCGAGAGCGGAAGGCGGUCGCAGGCGGGCAGUCCGCAAAUAAAGAAGCGGGCAGGGGAAAGCCCGGCGAGAGGUCCGUAUUAUCCAGCGGAGCGCAGUCUUUCGGGCAGCUUGAAACCAAGUCGGAUCGGGCAGCACUGGAAAAGAAUCUCAUGCCAACUGGUAGCAAGAGCCUGAAAGUGGAAGGCGGAGGGGAAGCGGCGGGGGGCGCGGGAGGGGAGCUAGGAGGGGGGAAGGGAGGGAAAUUGCUGUCUGGGAGCUUGAUUCCUAGAGACCCGCGGACUGCAGCGGCUGCCGCUGCGGCAGUGGCGGCUGCGACGGCGGCAGCGGCGGCUGCGACUCCCGGUGCUGUUUCCGCCAGCGCAGCUGUUUCUGCUGGUGAGAGCGGCCUUGAUGCGAAAGAGGGUGACACGGAGGGGAUGGAGGAGAAAGUGAGGGAGGAGGGCGAGGGAGAAAAAGAGAGAGACAGCGACGACAGUAGUGUGAGCGAUAGUAGUGAUGAUGAUGACGACGACGACGACGAGGAGGAGGAGGAGCACGGGGUGUGGGUGGACGAGGAUGUAGAGUCGUCCGAGGGAGAGGAAGACGAGGAAUGGGGAGAAGAAGGCGUGGAGCAAGGCGCGCUGGAUGCUGACGUGGCAGCUGCUGCUGGCAGCCACGUGGCAGCAUGGGAUGGCGUGGAGGUCAAGCGGUUGGGAGAGAAGGAAGCGGGGGAAGGGGGAACGGGAGGGAAAGGGGAGGAAGCUGCAAGUCCAGCAGUAAAGACAAGUGCUGUGAGUCAGGCGGAAGGCGGAACCCCCAGGCGCAUGCGCAGUCCGUCCCCCAUAGGGGCGCCGCUUGCCCCCCGCGGGGCGCAGCCCUCGCCGCAGAUGGGCGCAACUGCAGUCGGAGUGGAGGCGUUGACUCUGGCAGAUAACGACAAAAAGCAGACCGGCGCCCCCCAAACGAACCAAUCAGUCGCCCGUAACGAAUUCGAACCCUUCGCGGUUACCGCCGCCUCUCGCCAAUCUUGGGGGUCAGCCAAGCAGCCUGGCAGCCGGCGAUCCACCUCAGUGCAACUGAACAUGAGUGAUAGCGAUCUCUACGCACAUUCUACUGAUGAUGCUGAUGACUAUGGGUUGCCUGUGCACGGUGGGGGGAGGGGGAACGAGUUUUCUAUGAGGCCGGGGGGGCAAGAUGGGGGUGGGGGUGUGAGGAGACCUGCUGGUGGUGCUGGCGCUGGUGGUGGUGGCGGUGGUGGUUAUGGUGGUGGUGGUGGUUACGGUGGUGGGGGAGGGGGUUACGGUGGUGGUGGGGGGGGGUGUUACAGUGGUGAUGGUGGUUACAGUGGUGGAAGGGAGGGGUACGGUGGUGGAAGAGAGGGGUACGGUGGUGGAAGAGAGGGGUACGGUGGUGGAAGGGAGGGGCACGGAGGUGGAAGGGAGGGGCACGGAGGUGGAAGGGAGGGGUACGGAGGUGGAAGGGAGGGGUACGGAGGUGGAAGGGAGGGGCACGGAGGUGGAAGGGAGGGGUACGGAGGUGGAAGGGAGGGGCACGGAGGUGGAAGGGAGGGGUACGGAGGUGGAAGGGAGGGGCACAGUGGUGGAAGGGAGGGGUACGGUGGUGGUGGUGGGGGUUACGGUGGUGGGGGUGGUUACAGUGGUGGUGGUGGGGGAGGCAUGCCCAGCCGCCCAGGAGGAGGAGGGGGGCAGGGUGGGGGAGCAGGGGGGGCGCGGAAGCCGCUGGAUUGGAAGCAGCAGAUGCAGCAGGCGAGCAAGGAGCAACAGAAGGACCGCAUUUUCAGGAUGCUGGCUGAUGGCUCGCAGGACAAGAGCCGUGGCGGGUAUGGGAAGAGAUAG